AUGAUCUCCAUCACCGACUGGCAGAAGAUUGGUGUGGGCGUCACCGGCUUCGGUGUCUUCUUCAUCCUCUUCGGGAUACUCCUGUACUUUGAUUCCGUACUCUUGGCUUUCGGAAAUCUGCUGUUCCUGACUGGUCUCUCCCUCAUCAUCGGCCUGAGGAGGACGUUUUCCUUCUUCUUCCAACGACACAAGCUCAAGGGGACCACCUUCUUCCUGGGGGGUGUAGCCAUCGUGUUGCUGCGCUGGCCCCUGCUGGGCAUGCUCCUGGAGGCCUAUGGAUUUGUUAACCUCUUCAAGAGCUUUUUCCCUGUGGCCUUUGGAUUCCUGGGCAGUGCUUCCAACAUCUCCUUCCUGAGCACUCUGUCGCAGAAGCUUCAAGGCUCCAGCUCAAUGGUCUGA